UUUCAGGUCCGUCAGAUGAAUACCAAUCAUGACAAUCAUUUUAUUUCUCGUUGAUACAAGUGCUUCUAUGAACCAGCGUACAUAUUUGGGAACUUCUUUGAUUGAUAUCGCCAAAGCUUCGGUCGAGACGUUUAUGAAGAUAAGAUCAAGGGAUCCAAAUUGCAGAUGGGAUAGAUACAUGCUCCUGACAUUCGAAGACCCGCCUGCAAAUAUCAAGGCUGGAUGGAAAGAGAGUCAUGCCACUUUUGUGAACGAGCUGAAGAACUUGCAGACCCAGGGUCUGACCCUGAUGGGCCCCGCCCUGAAGCAUGCCUUUGAUCUUCUGAACAUUAAUAGGAUGCAAACUGGAAUUGACACUUAUGGCCAGGGUCGCUGUCCAUUUUACCUUGAACCGGCGGUCAUCAUAGUUAUCACUGAUGGGGGAAAACUGACCACCAUGAAUGGAGUCCAGCCCGAGAUCAACUUGCCCAUGAAUUCUGUGGUUCCGGGGUCAGAGUUGACCAAGGAACCAUUUAGAUGGGAUCAGAGGAUAUUUGGACUAGUGCUAAGAUUGCCCGGCAAUGUUCCUGUCGACAUGACAACCAGUACUUACAUUCCGUCAGCCGAGAGCCAUCCAUUGGAUGCCAUGUGUGAUGUCACCGGAGGUCGGUCUUAUGCUGUUCAUACUCAGAAGAUGCUUAAUGGAGCACUGGAAAGUUUAGUGCAGAAAGUUCAGGGAGGGGUGGUGAUCAAUUUUGAGAAGAUUGGACCAGACCCACCUACCAUAGAAGUCAAAGUCGAGAAUGGUUUAGACAGCAAUGGAAAUAGCAAAGAGAAUCAAGAUAUAAACAUGCCCCCAACAAUCAAACUGGAGAUGGAGGAGGAGAGGAAGGCCAACUCUCCGAUGACCGGUCUGUCCAUUCCUAACAACAGCUGGCACAACUGUCGCAAGCUGAUCUACGUCCCUCGCUCGGCUCAGAAAGGCUACUCAGUCGGUCACUGGCCCAUUCCAGAGGCAUUCUGGCCAGACACGACCAAUUCCACAUUGCCACCUCGUUCAGCACACCCUGUGGUGAAGUUUUACUGUACCCCCUGUGAGCCCAUGGUCAUCGGGAACCUCCCCUUCGAUAAGUAUGAACUGGAGCCCUCACCCCUCACUCAGUACAUCCUGGAGAGGCGACAGCCCAACUCCUGUUGGCAGGUUUUCAUCAAUGGCAGUGCUAAAUAUAGUGAUGUGGGACACCCGUUCGGUUACCUGAAGGCCAGCAGUACCCUGAGCUGUGUGAACCUUUUCCUAAUGCCGUACAACUACCCCGUCCUGCUUCCACUGCUGGACGAACUGUUCAAAGUCCACAAGCUGAAGCCGACACAGAAAUGGCGGAGUCAGUUUGAUACAUAUCUGAAAACCAUGCCUUCGUAUUAUGCUGGGCCAUUGAAGCGAGCCCUGGCACGGAUGGGUGCCCCCAAUCUAGUCCCCGAUAACAUGGACAACAGUCUCAGUUACAGUGUGAUCACAUACCUCAAGAAGCUCAAAAAUCAGGCUAAGAUAGAAAUGGAUCGAUUGAUCGCAUCAGUUGGUCAGAAGGUCACCCUUCACGAAGGCAUUAAAGUUGAUUCCAGAACCAAAACGUCCAUUCUACAACGGCGGGAUUUCAACCAGCUGUUACAAAAUGCUGGGGGAAACCUACAGAGUCUGAAGCAGGAACUGACGGACUUCAACACAUUCACUGUGGCGAUAGCAGACAAAGACAUCAAGCCUCAAUACUACAGAAAUCCAUAUGAUAUACCUCGUAAAAACCUCAUCGAUCAAAUAGCCCGAAUGAGAUCAAAUUUUCUACAAAAGUCUUUCCAUAGAACAAAGCUUGUGGAUGAUGAUCAAGUUCACAGCGUUCCUGUCCAGCAAAUGGGCAACUACCAGGAUUACCUGAAGAAGCAGCCUGCCCCCCUCCGAGAGCUAGAGACCUCCCCCGCCAGACUCCACACCUUUGGAAAUCCAUUCAAAGUCAAGAUGAACAUGGUAGAUGAAGCAGACGACCCAACCAUAGAUAAACCCUCCAAACGUCGCAGUGUGGAGAGCCCCUCCCCAGGUCCCAAGAGGAGGAAAGUUGGACCCCUCCCCAAGGACUAUGUCUUUUGUAGAUCCCCCACCCCCACCCCACCGGCCUCACCAGUUCCUGAUCACAUCAUGGAGGGAGACUUCAGUCCUCAGCCAGACUAUAAAGAAGAUGACUUUGAGGAGAACAAUGUUCCAGAACAAGAGGAUGAAGAUCAGCCAUUAAUAAUAGCUGAACCGGAACAAGAACACUCCAAGAAAAACCACAUCAAAGAAAAUAACGUGUCGCCAGGCGAUGCGGAGAACCAGAUGUUGUACAACUCGUUGAAUUCACGGCAGAGAAGCAUCAACAACAGCAAAAAGGACUCGCUCAUCUGGACACACAACACACGUUUAAAACACUCGGUGUUCAAGGAGCUCAAGAAGCCAGGACGAAGUAAGUGGAACGAUUACGAUAACUUGUUUCACCACUUGAAUUCAGUGCAAGGGAACGUGGAACUAAAGUGUGCGUUUGUGAGAGACGUGAUUCGUGAGGCGGGACGAUUCAAGAAAAAGGUGCUAAUCCAAAUGUUGGAACAGUUUCAAACCUCGUUAAUGCAAGUGGAGGGGAGAAAACGGAACAGCCUCCCCAUGGAAACCAGAUGAUAUUGAAUAAACUGUUCAAGAGAUGAUUAAAAAGCAAAAUAAUGAAUUAUGGCAGAUAUUGUAUCCCUCAUUGAGAAUCGAGAGAUAUAUUUUUAAUCUUUUGUCAAAUCGAAUUAUAUUAAAUGGAUAUGUGGCACCGAGAGAAAAUAUAAACUUACCGGCAUUAUUUCCAUGUUAAUCAAAUCAAGGAGGCAAUACAAUUCUCUAGCCAUGUCUUUGUGUUCAGAUAAUUUGUGUCAAAUAUGGGUUUUGACAAGCUGGAUCUGUGAUAUAUUGUGUGUAUCGUAUGUGUGUAUCAUGUUGAUACAUAUUGCAUCAUGUAAUUCAAGACUUUCAAAAAAUCAUGGGAUAAAAAAAGUUUUUAGGAUUGUUCUCUCUUAUUAAUCAAUAAAAAUUACACAACUCCUUAUUUUUUAUUCUUUUAUAUUAAAAGAAAAUAUAUUUGAAGAACAUGCUUAUUAAAUUCAGCUCUCUUUAGCCAAAGCUUGAAAGACAGCUCCAUAUUUAUUAAAUAACAGAAUAUUCUACUUGGUAUAUCAUUUCCUUUGAACUUGAAUUUACAAAUGGAAUAAUGGAUUAUACACAAAAACUUUUUCAUUAAUUUUCUCCCAAACCUAAAACUGCAUAAAUAAACAACUUGGAUUAGUUUCCGAAGUCUGGUGCAAAAAUAUUUAUUGGUGAAAACUCGAGAGAAAUGCUUUCAUUAUAAUUUGAAUUUUCCAUCAAUGAAAAUAUGAGAUGUACAAGUCUUGAUUUGUUGUUCAGAUGCAUUUGACAUACUGGUACAUGUGCUAAAACCAUCAUAUUUUUUCUACAGUUUAUAUGCAAUUUUUAUUAAAAAAUGUUUUUAUUGUUUCUUUUUAAUUUUUUGACAAACAAUAAAAUGUUUGAAAAACUUACUA